GAUAGGGCCAGUCAAUUACAUCAACUUCAGUAUUUGAAUAGUACUUUAUUUUACUGAGCCAAGGUGAAAGGAAAAGUCAACUUCGAUGAGAUCUGAACUCUGGACAUAAAGAACCGGAAGAGAUGCCGCUAAACAUUUUGUUUGAUGCGCUAACGAUUCUGCCGACAAAAUCAGAGAGCAAACAGUUCGAAAUAAUCUAAACUAGCAGACAGCUAUCCGCCGUAAUGCUCCAGUGUCUUUAACAGGAAGAACAAUUUGCAACACUCGCCUCCUACACACUUUUCGAAAAUUCUCGACUAAUGCAUCAGUAUACACAUUUCAAGUCUGAUACAAUAAAGGUCAGGUAUUGCAUGUUAACAAAUAGAAAGCAUAAAGAUAGUUAAAUCCAGCGAAAGUUACAUAAGACAGGUUGUUCUGCUGGAAACACGUGGACGGUACAUGUCUAGCUUUACGGAAGUGACGUAAAAGCAACAGUGUUAUCGUUAAUAGAGCCGGGCUAAAAUGGCUUCUUCACUGGCAAAGUCGGCCAAGCUGAAUAAACUUAGGAAAUUAUACUUGCAUACAUCACGGCAGCUGGCUUGCAGACAUGUGUGCAUUACAACUCAACUCAAUCAGUCUGAUGACCGGCCAACUGAACAUGUUUCUACAUCCCUCUCUCCUGAAUUUUCUUCUUCUACAUCACAGAUCUCCCACUAUCAUAUAUCUCAUACGCACAGAUAUCACAGUCUAGAAAGCAAAAUGCUGUCUCCUUUCUUGUCUAAUGCCUACAGAAGUAAAACUUAUCUUUUGAAUAAUGUUAGUUCCUUUCCUGUGCAUUCUCAACUUCGGUUCAUGUCUCAAAGAAAGAACUUUUUCACAGACUUUAUUAAUAACAUCAAACAAGAAAUGACUCAGAACAAAGAGAUGAAGGAAAGCUUGAAAAAAUUCCGAGAAGAGAGAAAUAAAUUAGAACAGUCAGAUGCUAUUCAAAAAGCCAGACAGAAGUUUGAGAAUAUUGAAGCUGAAACUCUAAAAAGUUCAGCUGCUAUCAAGAAAAGACUGGAAGAUGUCAAAGAUAAACUAUCUGAGACUAUAGAGGAAGUUCAGAAAACUGAGUUUGCUAAAAAAGGAAAAGAGUUUACGGAAGAAAUUGGUAAAUCUGCCGAGAAAGCGGCUGAAACUUUUUCUAAAGGCCGAGAAAGUAUUGGUCAAACUUCGACCUUCAAAAAUAUUUCAGAAGGAGUUAAGGCUGUCAAGAAAGAAAUUGAGGAGACAACAUUAUCUCGAGCACGGACAUAUCGAGCACCAGUGACAUUGAGGAAACGUUCAGAAAAGUCUUCAAAGAAAGACCCAAAUGAAAAAGUAGUGGAAGCCAAUGAAGAUGCUACAGGAGUUGUUUUGCACAAAGACUCUCGUUGGUUCCAAAGUUGGCAGAAUUUUAAAGAUAAUAAUCAGUAUGUACAUAAAUUAUUUGAUUUAAAAAUGAAAUACGAUGAAAGUGACAAUGUUGUUGUACGAGCCACUCGUAUAUUCACUGAUAAAGUUGGGAUGGUAUUUGGUAGCAUGUUCUCAAAAACAGAAAUGUCAGAAGUAUUAACAGAAAUCUGUCGUAUAGACCCAACGUUUGAUAAAGAAACAUUCCUGAAGAGCUGUGAACGGGAAAUUAUUCCAAAUAUUCUUGAGGCAAUGAUUCGAGGUGACCUUGAAAUCCUAAAAGACUGGUGUUAUGAGGCUCCAUUCAACACUCUAGCUCAUCCCAUCAGACAGGCCUAUGCUGCUGGUUACAGGUUUGAUUCUCGGGUUCUGGAUAUCAACAACAUAGAUAUUGCUGCUGGGAAGAUGAUGGAACAAGGUCCUGUACUUAUCAUUAGCUUCAACAGCCAACAGAUUAUGGCAGUAAGGAAUGGUCAAGGCAAUAUUGUUGAAGGAAAUCCUGAUCAAAUUCUGCGGAUAUUUUAUGUAUGGGCAUUGUGUCGUGACCAAGAAGAACUUGAUCCACGAGCUGCUUGGAAAUUAAUGGACAUUUCUGCUAGUUCUUCUGAGCAGUGGUUAUAACAUAGGACGUUAGUGUUUCUGUUCUGUAAAUUAAGUAAUUACUGCCUCUUGGUAAUCCUACUUCAGAGUCUAUCUAAUGCCAAGUUAGUUAGAAUUCUGUCGAUAGUCACAAGCGUUGCUGCCAAAAGAUAAGAAUAAACUAAAAAAACAAACAAACCAAAGAUAAGUAUGGAGUAUAAAUAAUAAAAAACAACAGACUGUCUUUCUUGAAAAUUCUGUGAUAUUUUGUCUUUCAUACUUGUUGGUCAAAUGCUAUAGAUUUAAACUUUUUUUUUCUUAUCAUAAUAAUACAAAGAGACUAUCGUGAAGACAAAAAUGAUUCUAAUGGAUUAUACCAUGUUUAUCUGUAACUUUUAAUUACAUUUAAAUAGUGUGUGUGCUCUUAGAUGCCAAUUAAAUUAAGAUUUAGCCUAUGUUCGAAACAACUAUCACAGUAUUAUCGAGAUAUUUUGUUUGGUUUGAUUUACGUAUAAAGGGGAAUAAUUUUGUGUGGCUUAAAUGAGGGGAAAAUUAAUGAUGAUGAGAAUGAAUCGUGUUUGUUACUGAAAAAAUAUCCUUUCACAGUCCUGUAUUAAAAAAAACUUUUAACUUGUUAGGUUGUUGUUAUUGUUUAGUCCCAGGUUGGCUCUGGAGCAGACUGGUAAUUCAAAGAUUUUCCAGUUGUAACCAUCCUGACAUACAUCUAGAGGUAGAUUAUUUUAAUUUGCCUAUUUUUAAAGUCAGUAGAGAAUUAUUCGUGUUUUUGUCCAUGCAUUGCCAUCUUGCCCUGACUUUGCCUGAUAGUUUAAAUGCAAGCUGUGUCUUAUUUCCAAUCCUCUUUGGAAACAUGUCUGGUCAUGGGAAAAUAUUACUUUACUUGGAAAUAGGUGGAGGUUGGCAACAGGAAGGGCAUUCGACCAUAAAAAAAGGGCUUCCACAAAUUCCAUCUGACCCAUGUGAGCAUGGAAAGUGGAUGUUAAAACAAUGAUAAUAACUUGGCUGCUUUUUGUAGUAGUUCGAGCAAUUGUGUGGAAGAUUUUCUAAUUAACUCAUUAUGUUGUUGAUUGAGCAAAUCUUUAAUAUGAGACAUUCCAGCCAAGGCCAUGAUUUUAGAAUUACUGACAACAUUAUUGAAUGUGUACUUGUUUAACACAGUAGAGUUUGAUUUGAGGAAGCUUUGGCUGUUAUUUCUAGCAGGCCUAGUGACAAAGAAGAGACUCUGUCAUUGGUUCAUUGGCAUUUUGUUUACAAUAUUGAGUUUGCUCCAAAAAUAGCUCAUUUUUAAUUUUCAGAAAAAUUUGGAACAAAAUUUUUUUAGGAUUUUGGUUUAGUUUCUUUGCCCCCCCCCCAUCUUUAAAAACAUCUUUACAAUAGUGAGAUGAGGAGAAGGUCAUUUUCAGUUUUCUUCUUUCUAGAACCAUUCCUGAUGUAGAAUUUCUGUUGAUUUUAAUAUGUAAAUCGUAAUGAAGUGUGUGGGAUAUUUUUAGCUGAAGUUACUGUUGUUUAGGCCCUGUUUUGUUAAUGUUAUGAACAAUAUAGAAAUUGGUACUUUAUUAGACUCGAGUUUAUGCCAGUACAGACAUAUUUUAAUUGGUUAUUUUAAUAUGCAGAGUAUAUUCAUACUAUUUUGAAAAUGUGUUUGAUAGAGGGUUAAAGAAAUGAAAGGAGAACUACAUAAAGGGAACUAACAGACAAAGAAAAUGUGGGCUGAAGGGAUGAAGGCCGAUGUCAGGAUGCUGACCAUCAUGAAGGAAAUGACCAAGGAAGCAACUUGCUGCAGGACAGUGAAAGCCUGUCCACUCCAUACAAGCAUGGAAAAAUGAUUGAUAAGUGAUGAGAAUGUUAUAGGGUACAUCAGUGGUUCCCAAACAUUUUUCUGGCUGCCACCCCCUUGGCACCCUGGCCACAAACCUAGCACCCCUAACCCAAUUCACCACAACAAAUAGAGGCCACUUUCUGCAGUAAAUUCAAAACAGCUGUAUUUCACAAAUAAAACUUAACCUAAUCAA